UUUAAAAAGAUUUAACCCCAACUUAGCAAAGAAAUUAAAAUAGUAAUUCAACCCACAUUAAUUGCUAAUGUCCCCAAAAAGAAUGAUUUUAUGUGGUUGACAAAGUCCCCUCAAGACUUGGCUAAAGUUUCUGCUCCGCCAUUUCCACAGUUCAUCACAAGUUGAAUCUGAAAGCGACCUCCAUUAAUGCGCGUUCAUCUCGAUUUCACACUUCGAUCAAGCUUCACCAACGACGAAUCCUAAGUACCUUCCGCCAAUUCUUCUCCCGCAAACCCAUCUCAAUUUCUCCUCAAUUCUGCAAUCUUACUCUUCCGAUCGAUCUUGUUCCGAAUGGCGGCCCUCAAAGUCGUUGGAAGCCCCGUUUCCACAGCUACAGCGAGGGUUCUCGCUUGUCUCUACGAAAUGGAGCUCGAAUACGAGCUCGUUAAUGUAGACAUGAAAAAGGGCGAACAUAAGCAGGAGCCCUUCCUCUCCAUCAACCCGUUUGGGCAAGUUCCCGGGUUUCAACACGGAGAUCUAACGAUUUUCGAAUCGAGGGCCAUCACUCAAUACCUGGUCCGCAACUUCGUACGGCGAGACAGAUCCGACGGUGGUGGCGGAGCACGAAUGGAAGCUGGGCAAAGUUCUAGACAUCUACGAGAAACAGCUGGGGAAAUCCAAGUACUUGGGUGGCGACCAGUUCAGC